AUGACUUUGUCCUUCUUAUCCUCGAGCUCGGAGUUGCAAAAGAGGCGUUUGAAAAUCAAAGCCAACUCGAAAGCGCGCGAGAAGGACAAAGGAGAUGGAAAAGGCAAACCCCAUAAGAAGGUCGGUGAAGCUCGUGAGUGCACGGAACCCUGCGAAUCGGCUUGGAAUUAUGCAGUUGUUUCAAACUCAAAAGGGGAAAUAGUAGACCUUUCUCCCGAGAAAGGGAGCAAGUCAGCCGGGAACUCAACAACGAACAAACGGCAAAAGCUGUAUUGGGGGCUUGACGUAAAGGAAAGGUGGGAACGCAAGUCCAAUAUGUGA